AGUAGCAGUAGAGCAACUCCGAACUCAGUUCGGAGCCCAUAACAAACGCUUUCAUAUUUUAUCACUUGUGCUUUCCCAAUAUAAUAUGAUCUAACUAAUUUUGAAAAUAAUAUGACCCUAGUAAAGCAAAGUUCAGAUCUUUGCAACCCUGCCCCACCACACCCCGGCUCCCCACCCGCUUUUCUCUCCGGCCGACGCAGGCUGAAGGGGCGCGCCCGCUGUGACGUGUAAUCCUGGGCGACUGACGUCACUGCCAGGCGCCGGGAGGCACGUCGGUCGGUCCUUCGGCGGGCUUUUCGGGGACAAAGAUGUCUAUGGCCAGCGAUUUCUACCUGCGUUACUACGUAGGGCACAAGGGCAAGUUUGGACACGAGUUUCUGGAGUUUGAGUUUCGGCCGGACGGAAAACUUAGAUAUGCCAACAACAGCAAUUAUAAAAAUGAUGUCAUGAUCAGAAAGGAGGCUUAUGUACACAAGAGUGUAAUGGAAGAACUGAAGAGAAUUAUUGAUGACAGUGAAAUUACAAAAGAAGACGAUGCUUUGUGGCCUCCUCCUGACAGGGUUGGCCGACAGGAGCUUGAAAUUGUAAUUGCAGAUGAACACAUUUCUUUUACCACAUCAAAAAUAGGUUCUCUUAUUGAUGUCAAUCAGUCAAAGGAUCCUGAAGGCCUUCGAGUAUUUUACUAUUUGGUACAGGACCUGAAGUGUUUAGUGUUUAGUCUUAUUGGAUUACAUUUCAAGAUUAAACCAAUCUAAACUGUAUGUUUUUUGAAACUGGGUUUAUAUUUAAUUAAGGGGUGAGUGAGGGAGGAUUUGUUCAUUUAUAAUAUUGGGGUUUUUAUGAAUGUGAAGCAAAGUUUUGUAUGCAAAUAGGAAAGAAGACAAUAUCUAAGCAGGCUUAAUGGUUAUCCUCACUUGAGUCCAGGUGGAUUGGGCAGUCACCGCACACAUUAAACUCUGUAAAUAAAAGCCACCUGUUGAAAUUUUGCUCCAAUAAAACAUCAAAGCCUG